CUCUACCCUCUCUCUCGCGAUAAUUCCUGAUGUUUCCGGAGUUUUGAAUGUGAACAUACCUGAGAACAUCAUGGCUCUCAGCAGCACCCGAAGCCUUCGGGUUCGAGGUCGGCAUGACAGCAGCGGGGAGGAAAACGUCCCGUUGGAUUUGAGCAGAGAACCUGUGGACUGCCUGAGGGAGAUCCUUCAGAAUGUGGCGAAACCACAGGGUGUCACCAACAUAAGGAAACUGGGCCACUUGAACAACUUUAUAAGGGUGACGCUUACAUUUGUGCCAUCAGAAAGCAGCAUCACUUCCUCACUGACACAGCAAUGUAGAACUGGACCGCCUACCUCCUACAGCAAACAGUGGGUUGAGGAGAUGUGUUUGUGUGUUGUAAUAGUCUCGCCCAAUAUCUUUCUGUCCCUGUCAUGCUCACAGCUCCUCUGCAGCGUUGGACAUUGUGAGGAGAAGUUUGGGUUUACAUAUGAACAAAUCAUCAUCUGUCUACGGCUAGCUCUCCUCAGUGAUGCCAAGGAGGUGCGGGCAGCAGGCUUGCGGGCACUGCGCUACCUCAUCCAUGACAGCAGCGUUCUCCAGAAGGUGCUACGCCUCCAGGUGGACUACCUGAUUGCCAGAUGUAUUGACAUCCAGCAGAGCAAUGAAGUUGAGAGGACACAAGCUCUCAGACUCGUGCGGAAGAUGAUCGCAGUGAACGCGCUGUUAUUUCCCAGUUCCAUUGUUAGCUCGCUGAUUGCUGUGGGCAGCGAUGGCCGACAGGAACAUGACUGCAUGGUGCAGGCCUGCGUGGCAAUCAUCUGUGAGCUGGCAUUGAAGAACCCAGAGGUGGUAGCACAGAAGGGAGGGCUUGGCACCAUCCUGAAAAAUGUGAUUGACUGCCAGCAGAACUGCAUCAAUGAGGCCUUAAUCACCACCGUUUUGCAUCUGCUCAAUCACCCAUACACUCGGCAGUACGUGCGGCUUAACGUGGAGCUUGAGCAAAUCCUGGCACCUUAUACAGACUUCCACUACAGACACAAUCCUGACACAUCUGAAAGCCUGCACAAUGAGGACAGAGAAGCGCGGUUUCUGGCCUGCAAGAUGGCCAUUGUGGCAUCCUUCCGCUCAUGGUCAGGGAUCAUUAACCUGUGUAAGCCAGGGAGCUCCGGGAUUUCAUCUUUGAUUGGUCUGCUCUUUAUACCCCACAUGGAAGUGCAGAAAAGAUUGGUAGAACUGAUUUACGACAUCUUCUGGUUACCCAUUCCUGUGAUGACGGACAACUUCACAGAAGCCCUGCAAAGUGUGGACCCCAGUCGUUACCAGGACAGUUGGAGGCUGUCAGAUGGUUUUGUGGCCUCAGAGGCGAUGAUGAUUCUUCCUCAGAGGGUGAAGUCUCGGCCUGACCUGGUGGACAACUACCUAGCCCUUGUACUGUCUGCUUUCAUCAACCAUGGACUCCUUGAGGGCCUCAUUGAAGUCAUCACCAGCGGCAGUGACCACGUUUCUGUUCGAGCCACUAUCCUUUUGGGGGAGCUUUUGCACAUGGCCAGCAGGAUCCUUCCCCAGUCUCACAGCCACCACCUGCAUUGCCUUCCCACACUCGUGAACUUGGCAGCCUCCUUUAGCAUCUCACAAGAGAAAAGUCUGCGAGCAAGUGGAGCUGUGAACAACCUGAAGCUCUUCCAUGAGAAAAAGAAUAAUCAACCCAAACCCAGCAGCCUGUACCUGGAUCACAUUAUUCGGAAGGCCAUGACAACCCGCUACUACAGAGACCAGAAUUCUCAGGCCACCAGGGACGGCUUCAUCCUGAAAGACAGAGAAGAGGCCUUCAUGAUGAUCCUUAGAGACAGCCAAGUGCUGAGCCACAAGGAUAACCUGGAUUGGAACUGGGCCCUCAUCACUACCGUCCUAAAAUGGCCAAAUGUUAACCUUCGGAGCAACAAGGACGAACAGAUUCACAAGUUUGUGCGUAGGCUUCUCUUCUUCUACAAGCCCAGCAGCAGGCUGUUUUCCUGCUUGGAGCUAAGUCAUAGGAAGGCUAGGCAGCUCACUAUAGCUGGCUGCCAGUUCAUUGAGUUCCUUCUGAAGUCAAAAGAGGAAGGGCAGGUAUACCUGGAGGACCUGGUGAGGGAUGUGGCUCAGUGGCUGUCUGCCUUGGAUGUCAUAGCUGACAGCAGUUUCCAGAGCAAAGGGCUGCUCACUAUGCUCAGCCAACACUACUUCCUCUUACUGGGCACCCUCUCUGCCCAUCCCUUUGGUGUCAAGAUAAUGGAGAAAUGUACUAUCUUCCAGUGUCUGCUCAAGCUAUGCUCAGUGAAGAACCAGGACUAUUUGCUGAAGCUGACAGUGUCUACAUUGGACUACAGUCGAGAUGGACUGGCUCGGGUCGUUCUUUCCAAAAUUCUCACAGCUGCCACUGACAGCUGUAGGCUGUAUGCCACAAAGUACCUCCGGGUGCUUCUUCGUGCCAACGUGGAGUUCUUUAGCAGCUGGGGCAUUGAGCUGCUGGUCACACAACUUCAUGACUGUACCAAGGCCAUCUCAAUGGAGGCUCUGGACAUUCUGAAUGAGGCCUGUGAGGAAAAGGCAAACCUCCAUGCCCUGAUCCAGAUGAAACCAGCACUUGCCCACCUAGGUGAUCCCGCUCUCCUGCUGAUCCUACGGUUCUUGUCAAUCCCAAAAGGCUUUUCCUACCUGAAUGAGAGGGGAUAUGUGACCAAGCAGAUGGAGAAGUGGCAGCAAGAGUACAACUUGAAGUAUGUGGACCUAGUUGAGGAGCAACUGAAUGAGGCACUCGCAACAUACCGCAGGCCUGCUGACAAAGACCGUAUGCAUCAGAGCAAGCAGAGCUGCCAGAGGCCAAACGUUUAUCUACCUGUGCACCUUUAUGGUGAGCUGGUUCAUGACAAGACUGGCUGCGAGCUAUUGGAGGCUCAGAAUGUGGUUCCAGACCUCAGCUACACAGUACGCUCUCCUAUAUUGGACAAGUGGGAGGCCAUAAAACGAUUAAAGGCAGCACUAUGGGCCCUGGGGAACAUUGGCUCUUCAGCUUGGGGUUUGAACCUCCUCCAGAAAGAGAAUGUGAUUCCUGAUAUCUUAGCUCUGGCACAGGAAUGUGAGGUCCUGUCCAUUCGUGGGACCUGCCUUUAUGUCCUUGGGCUGAUCUCCAGGACCAAGCAGGGAUGUGACACAUUAAAGCAGCAGGGCUGGGAUGCUGUCCGACAUACUCAGAAUGAACUCUGGCCUGUGGUACUGGCAGAGGUGGACCCACAGCUGUCUAAUGAGCUGCCAUCAAGCCUACUCAGUCUCCCCUCUGAGUCCACAAACAUGUAUCGAAACAGCGAGAGCAUGUAUGUCUUCAACUCUGAAUGGGUGGAGGGAUUGCCUCUCCACCUGCAGCCUAAAACCCCUAAGAGCCAAAGCCCCACUUUACCUCUAGCUCGUAGCUACCUUGCGCACGGCCACUUGCUCGGUUCCCUUAGCAUGUCUGGGAAAAAGCUUCGCAGCAUUAGCGACCCCAAGGGAAACAGAGCUGGUCGGGCCAUUUGGGAGACCACACCGUGGGGUCUGCAAAGGAACCGUGCUCUCACUGAACCUGCCAUUGUAUACCCCAGCACUGUCAAUCCUAGGGCCAUGGAACUAGGUAUAACAAAAGAUGCAGUCUGGAGUGGGCCAGGGAUGCGUCCUCAUGGCCACCAUAGCACCAGUUCAGCAGCCUACAGUGGAGGUAGAUCCCACAGCCAGAGCUUCAACACAGGCACCACAACAAGUGGCAUCAGCUCCAUGAGUUCUAGUCCAUCUCAUGAAACAGGUACGGGAAAGAGCUCAUCUGCCAGUGAUACAGACUGCAUCAGCCUUGACACCAUGGUCAACAGCCACACUGUCUGCAGCCGGUACGCCCACAGACUACAAUCCAACCAACCACUGCUGUCCAAGUCAAAGUCAACAUCGAUGGUGCCACUGAGCAGCCUGGACAUGCUGCCGAACCGCACCCAGUUGUUCAAAUCAUCCUCAUUAGCAGCAAGCCAGAGUCUGGCAGACUGUAGCUUCACCUACACCAGUCCACGUGAUGCCCUGGGUUACUGGGCACUGAAACAGCUACAGCAGCAGCGCAUCCACCCGUCUUUGUCUCGCAGCGAGGUAUUGGCCUCACCUGCUAAGGAUGUGUUGAUCACCGACACCAUAACCAUGAAGGCAGGCGGCCUGGAUUCCAAAUUCACCCCCCGCAGGUUUCUCAGCUUUACCUGUGUGGACAAAGAAGAGCUGUUGAGCCCCAUCAACCAAACCAUACUGCAGGGCUCCUUUUCCAUCCACUCCACAGUCUCCAUUGCCAACCGUCGGUGCAAUGAUGACUACAUUGGCCUGGCACUGCCCUUGGACAUCAAUGACAUGUUCCAGCUGAAAGAGAGUUCAUAUUUUCAGAGAAGAAUCGGCCCACUAUCUAAUGGCCAGAAUGUUACGUUCUACAUUGGAGAGGAAUCGGAAGAUCCUUGCCAUGGUACCCCUCCUUUGAAGCAGCAGGGGAGUGUUACAGAUGUGCUGACAGAUGGGAAAAAGGACUCGCGAUGGGGCUUUACAGAGUCGAGUCUGCAGGAGCACAGUGAGAACUGCCUCUACUGUGCAGGCUUGCAGGUGCUUGGUGGCCAGGGUGACGGUACUGUUUGUGGCCACGUAGGCAUUAGCACCCCAUAUGCAGACUGGUGUGGCACAACCAAGCACCUGGAGAUCAUGCCACAGUCAGGAUUGUCAUGGGCAUCUGACUGUAGUGACAGCACAUCUCAGAGCUCUGCCAGCAGUUGUCAUGGCACUGAGGUUAUCAUAGGGGCCAAGCCCAUCCUAGAGGACUCCAUUACUUCCAGGGCCCUGCUGAGAAAGGAAAUACUGCGGUUAGUGGUGAACCUCAGUUCCUGCGUGGGAACCAAGAGUCAUGAGGCUGGUCUGCUGACCAUCAAAGAAAAGUUUCCCAGUGCAUUUGAUGACAUUUGCCUGUAUUCAGAAGUGUGCUGCCUCCUGGCCCGUUGCCUGUUCCGCUUAACUUCACGACGGUUUAUCCAAGAGCUCUUCCAAGAUGUCCACUUCAUACAGAUGUAUGAAGAGGCAGAAGUGGUUCUGUCCACACCACCCAAGAUAUUUCCUGCUUUCUGACACUGUCUUCAACUCAGUCCUGUGGUCCAGCCUCUGUCCUGCCAGCAGGGAGGAGGACAGUGGGGGAAGGACUCUGAUAUAUUGAACUGGAUGGAGAAAGAAGAGGACAGUGGUGUCUUUGACUUACAGGACUGCAAAUAUACUGCAAACACUGUGGGAGGUUAUUGUAUAAUACAGCAUUCUCUGAUGGUAAUCUGGUCUAUGUUGACCGUUUCCUGCUUACCCCAUCAGGGUUCCAGUCAGAGGCAUUGUGAAAAUUAAUUUUUGUACCCUUUUAACUAGUUUUAUACUAUAAAUCUUCAGCCACUGGGGCUCCAUGAGCUCUUGUACAGUAAAAGCUAUGAGGUUGGACUGAAAUUUGGCAGUCUGUUUUCUCCCUUUUUUUUUUUUUUUUCUUUUUCUUUUCCCCUGACCUGACUCUAGCUUUCAGUGUAACAGCUUCACUUGGCUUGAGCCCUCUGCUGCUUUUUCUAUUCGGAAUGAAUGCAUCGCUAAACAUAACACACUGCAGAAGAAAUACUGCUUUGUGUUACUGUUAAUACCUGCUCUCUGAAGUGUUGUAACACAAAAUAGAAUCCCAUGAGCUCACCAUCAGGAAUGACUAAUGCUUUUUAUACACCCUUUUACUGCCAUUUUGUGGUUAAAGCUGGUGGGGUGUCAUUCAGAGCCUCACUGUCCUUCUACAUGCUCAUAUUCAGAAGUACAUUGGAUUCUUAGAAUUAAGGAAAACCCUGGUGGAGCAAGUCUUCACAGUAAAGGGCAAAUUAUCAAGGGUUUAUUUGUUGCAAUAGGUAUCUUGUUAGUAUGCAAAGCUCUCAGUCCAGUGAAGAGUGGAAUAGUUAUUUUGCAGCAUGGUGAAGGUGAUUCCACUGUCCAAGGUGCAUCUUAAUCUGGCUUUCAGAAAUCAGAAUUGCAGUGACCAUGCAAUGCAUUCAUUUGUGCAUUUACUCAGUUGGCUGACACUUUUCUCCAAAGCAACUUACAAUUAUUUACCCAUUUAUACAGCUGGGUAACU